UGAGAGAUGAGACAGUCGGUUACCAAAUCUGAAAUAUUAAUUUGGCGCUCUUUAAGAGACAACUUAGGUGGCUUUCUCUACCCGUGUCGGACUGUCUUUUUUCUCGUCCAACGUCUCUCCAUUCUCUCUCUUUUUCUUUCCGUUUCUUCGGAAAAUUAAAAACAAUUCCGAUUCUUUUCUCAUUGCCAACUCCCUCUUUCCCCUCAGAAUAUUCUCCUUCUUUUUCUUCUAGGGUUUCCCUGAACUCCUCUUCUCUUUGACGAAAUGGCGGAGUUGCCGGAGCCGAGUCAUCGGAACUCUAACGUCAGUUCCGACGAUAUGUCGAUUGAGAUUACCGGCGAUGACUCCGAUGUCGCUAAUUCUUCAGGUUGUUCGACUGAUGUGCCUGUUGAUUUCGAUGUUGAAAUUGUUGGCGAAGACGAUAAAGAUGUUGAAAUUGUUGGCGAAGAGGAUAAAGGUUCUGAAGCUUCAGGCCUUACUGACAGGAGUUUGGCUGGACAAAAUAUGCGUGCCGAAGAAUCUACUUCUGCAACAAAUUCUGGAUCUAAUCAGCUAUCAAAAUCUCGUAGAGUAAGAUACAAUAGCAAACUAGCUAUGUAUGCAGCCAAAUUUUUGGAUGAAAAAGUUCCUUUCAGAAAGAAGAUCAAAUGGUUGAAUCGACUCGCUAAUGUGAAACUUGAUGGAACCGUACAAUGUGAUAUUCCAAUCAAUAUGAAACAACCUGCACUUGAUUAUGGGACUGGUGUUGUUUACGAAGCUCGAGAGAAAGAGCAUGUUGACACAGCAGAUAUUCCAGAUAUACCUCGUCCACUGCAAAUAGUAAUGCUUAUUGUGGGAACACGAGGAGAUGUACAACCAUUUGUUGCCAUUGGAAAACGAUUACAGGCAGAUGGCCAUAGGGUUAGAUUGGCAACUCACUCAAAUUUUAAAGAUUUCGUUUUGAAUGCUGGAUUAGAGUUCUUCCCUUUAGGGGGAGAUCCAAAAGUUCUUGCUGGCUGUUCUGUGGUCUUACAUAAAGGUGUCAUGUACCUAUACGAUAUGGUCAAGAAUAAGGGAUUCUUGCCGUCAGUUCCUUCAGAAAUUCCUGUUCAGAGGCAACAAAUAAAGGAAAUAAUACUCUCUCUACUUCCUGCAUGCGAGGCCAAUGAUCCUGAUAGUAAAGUCAAAUUUGAAGUAGAUGCAAUAAUUGCCAAUCCUCCAGCAUAUGGACAUACACAUGUUGCAGAGAAGCUAGAAGUACCACUUCAUGUAUUCUUCACUAUGCCAUGGACGCCUACUAGUGAAUUUCCCCAUCCUUUGUCCCGUGUUAAACAACAAGUUGGUUACAGACUGUCAUAUUAUAUUGUCGAUGCCCUAAUAUGGCUGGGAAUACGGGACAUGAUAAAUGAGUUCAGGAAGAAAAAGCUGAAGCUGAGACCUGUCACAUAUUUGAGAGGAUCCUAUAGCUCUCCUCCAGAUGUGCCUUAUGGGUAUUUAUGGAGCCCUCACCUUGUGCCCAAACCAAAAGACUGGGGACCAAAGAUUGAUGUAGUUGGCUUUUGUUUCCUUGACCUUGCAUCCAGUUAUGAACCACCAGAGUCACUUGUAAAAUGGCUAGAAGAUGGUGAAAAGCCUAUCUAUAUUGGUUUCGGUAGUCUUCCUGUUCAGGAACCUGAAAGGAUGACCCAGAAAAUAGUACAAGCUCUAGAGAAAACUGGACAAAGAGGCAUCAUAAACAAAGGCUGGGGUGGUCUUGGCAGUUUGGCAGAACCAAAGGACUUUGUGUACUUAGUGGACAACUGCCCUCAUGACUGGCUAUUUUUACAAUGUGUGGCUGUGGUUCAUCAUGGUGGAGCUGGAACUACUGCUGCUGGUCUCAGAGCUGCGUGUCCAACAACUAUUGUACCUUUCUUCGGAGACCAGCUUUUCUGGGGAGAGCAAGUGCAUGCCAGAGGAGUAGGUCCUGCACCCAUUCCUGUUGACGAGUUCUCAUUGGACAAGCUGGUUGAUGCUAUAAACUUUAUGCUGGAUCCUGAGGUGAAAAAGCUUGCUGUUAAGUUAGCGAAGGACAUGGAAGGUGAGGAUGGAGUAGCAGGUGCAGUAAAUGCCUUCUAUAAACAUUUUCCUGGCAAAAAACCUAAGGACGAAACCGUUCCAGCCCCACCUCCUUCAGGAUUAUUUUCUAUAAGACGCUGUUUUGGUUACGCUCACACAUAAUUUUCAAGCUUCAUCUUUUAAUUUUAACUCAGCGUUGUAAUUGACCGAAGCUACUAAUGAUAGUUAUCUCCUUCAGUUGGGCCGAAAAGGGGGAAAAAGGCGCAAGAAAAGAAAAGUGCUGCCUUAUUAAAUUGGUUCCUCUAUGAAUCAAUGUGCUCACUCUUUUUACUAGCUAUUUGCAUAUGUCAAAAAUGGAGCUUGGACUUAGCAGUUUGGACUUCAAUCUAUGGUAGUCCCUUUCUUUUUAUUGCAGAAUUGGAAACGGGUUUUACAGUGGGUAUGAAAACCUAAAAGUUUUGGCUGAUUAAUCUUGAUUUUCCGUGUUUUGAUCCAAUUUUCUGGAUGGGUUUGAUCGAUCUCAUCUUGGAAAAUAUUUUAAAUGCAAUUUAUUGGAUUAAAAAAAGAAAAGCCUAAAAGAAUUUUAGAAAAUUUUUACGACACAUAAACGGGUCAGAUUUUGAAUGCAGUCGGGUUUGAGGGGACCCUACUGAAACGUUGAAGACAGUCUGGGUCAGCUAC